GCAGCCGCCGCCCCCGCCUCCGCCCAGGCCGCCGCACAGCCGCCCGCCGAGGCCUCCGUGCCCCUAGCCAUUUUUCAGCCGCGACACGACGCGGGCCUCGGCGGCGGGGAUAGGCGGAGCCGCGAGACUGCGGCCCCAAGCCGGCCCUGUGGGGCGGUAGCGGCCGUGACGGCGGCUCUGGGCCCGGCUCCCCUUUCGCACCCCUCUUGCCGGAGAUGAGGGGAAGAUGUCCGUGUCAGGGCUCAAGGCCGAGUUGAAGUUCCUGGCGUCCAUCUUCGACAAGAACCACGAGCGAUUCCGCAUCGUCAGCUGGAAGCUGGACGAGCUGCAUUGCCAGUUCCUGCUGCCGCCUCCGCCACUGCCCGGCAGCCCGCACUCGCCGUCUCCGCCGCUUACACUCCACUGCAACAUCACGGAAUCUUACCCAUCUUCUUCACCAAUAUGGUUUGUGGACUCUGAUGACCCAAAUCUGACAUCAGUGCUGGAACGUCUAGAAGAUACUAAGAACAACAAUUCGCUUCGUCAGCAAUUGAAGUGGUUGAUAUGUGAACUCUGCAGAUUAUAUAACCUUCCUAAGCACCUGGAUGUUGAGAUGCUAGAUCAACCAAUACCCACGGGUCAGAAUGGGACCACAGAAGAAGUGACUUCAGAAGAGGAGGAAGAGGAAGAGAUGGCUGAAGAUAUCGAAGACUUGGAUCACUAUGAAAUGAAGGAAGAAGAGUCUAUUAGUGGAAAAAAGUCAGAGGAUGAAGGAAUUGAAAAAGAAAACUUGGCAAUACUAGAGAAAAUUAGGAAGACUCAAAGGCAAGACCAUCUCAAUGGUGCAGUCUCUGGGUCUGUGCAAGCUUCAGAUAGACUUAUGAAAGAGCUCAGGGACAUAUACAGAUCACAGAGUUAUAAAGCAGGGAUUUAUUCAGUGGAACUCAUAAAUGACAGUUUAUAUGACUGGCAUGUUAAACUGCAGAAGGUUGAUCCUGAUAGUCCUUUGCACAGUGAUCUUCAGAUCUUAAAAGAAAAAGAAGGCAUAGAAUAUAUUUUGCUUAACUUCUCUUUUAAGGAUAACUUUCCAUUUGAUCCUCCAUUUGUUCGAGUGGUGUUACCUGUUCUCUCAGGAGGGUAUGUGUUGGGCGGUGGAGCACUAUGUAUGGAACUUCUCACAAAACAGGGCUGGAGCAGUGCCUACUCAAUAGAAUCAGUUAUCAUGCAGAUCAAUGCCACAUUAGUCAAAGGCAAAGCCAGAGUGCAGUUUGGAGCAAAUAAGAAUCAGUAUAAUCUGGCAAGAGCCCAACAGUCCUAUAAUUCCAUUGUACAGAUACAUGAGAAAAAUGGCUGGUACACCCCUCCAAAGGAAGAUGGCUAAAUAUGUUGACUGCCGUAUGUUUGGACCAAUGUUGCUUUAAAGAAAAUCUUUCGAACAUGCAGACACAAGCUUUGAGUGCCCCUUUAACAGCAG